UUUUUUUUUAGUUUUAAUUCCUUUUCCCCAUUCCUUUUUUUUUUUCUUUUCUUUUUCUUUUUUAUACACAAAUAUAUAAAUAUAUAAAACGUGUUUAACUUUUUAUAUAUAAUUUAUUCUUAUUCUUCCUUCUCCCCCCCCUCUCUCUGUCUUUCUCUGUCCCAUCUUUCUUUUAGCAAAUGUCAGCUUUUCGGUUAUUAUCUAAACCUCUCCAAUCGAGUCGUCGUCACUUGAGUAUUUCAGUACCUUCACGACUUGCAGCUAUUACUCAAAAGACAACAUCUGAAGGACUAUCAGCAGCAGCUAUUCAUGCAUCAGGUCCUAUGAGAAAUGAUUGGUCUCGAGAAGAAAUUCAAAGUAUUUAUGAUUCACCCCUUAUGGAACUAUUGUAUUAUGGUGCUAAGGUACAUCGUGAAAAUUUCAAUCCCAGAGAAGUUCAGCAAUGCACUUUAUUAUCUAUUAAAACGGGUGGUUGUACUGAAGAUUGUAAAUAUUGUCCUCAAUCUUCUCGUUAUAAAACUUCUGUUAAAGCCGAAAAGAUGCUUGAAUCAGAUGCUAUUCUUUACGCUGCUCAAAAAGCUAAAGAUGCCGGUAGUACAAGAUUUUGUAUGGGAGCUGCUUGGAGAGAUUUGAAAGGCCGUAAAACUUACUUUAAUAAGAUUUUAGAACAUGUCAAGAUUAUUCGAUCCAUGGGUAUGGAGGUGUGUUGUACCUUAGGUAUGUUGGAUGAAGAACAAGCUAAAGCACUAAAAAAUGCUGGAUUGACUGCUUACAAUCAUAACUUGGAUACCUCGCGUGAACAUUACCCAAACAUUAUUACUACACGUACUUAUGAUGAGCGUUUAAAGACAAUUGAAAAUGCUCAAAAAGCUGGUAUAUCUGUCUGUUCAGGAGGUAUUAUUGGUCUUGGCGAACGACAAGAAGAUCGUGUUGGCCUCUUACAUACUUUGUCUACUCUUAAGCAGCACCCAGAAAGUGUUCCUGUGAAUGCCUUAUUAGCUGUUGAGGGUACUCCUCUUGAAAAACAAAAACCUGUCUCGGUCUUUGAAAUGAUUCGUAUGAUUGCUACAGCUCGUAUUAUCAUGCCUAAAUCCAUGGUCCGUCUCUCUGCAGGUCGCGUUAGAUUUAGUGUACCAGAGCAAGCCCUUUGUUUUAUGGCUGGUGCAAACUCUAUCUUUACAGGUGAUAAACUAUUAACAACUCCAAACAAUGAAUUUAAUGAUGAUAAACAAAUGUUUGAAUUAUUGGGCCUUGUACCAAAACCACCUAAUUUUGCUCAAGGUGCUGAUCGAAAGGAGGUUCCUGUUUAUCAAAUGCCAAAAUGCUAUAAACCAAGAAUCGAAGAAGAGAAAGAACACGCUUAAAUUAAUAAAUAGAGAAUGAUUAUAUAUUGUGUUUUAGAAUAAUGGAGUUGCAUAUUUUAAUUUAUAUAUCUCAUAUUUACUUG